GCCCGCUCACCCAUGGGGGAGGGGGUCACGCCGCUGUGGUCUCCAUAGUUACGGCGAUUCCUCAGCCUGCCGUCAGUCACGGCGGCGAGGCUUCGCGACACUGGCUGUGGGAGUCGCGGCGGCUGGCAAGAGCUUGUCAGCUGAUUUACUGUACCCGAGAGUGGGGCAGAGAGCCCUGGGCAGCCCCAUCCCCGCGCGUAGGGGCCAGGGCCGCGCCGCGCCGCGCACCGCACCGACUGCGGCAAGAUCGGGUCCUGCCUGGACAGGCGUGAAAGCAAAAUGGCAGGAAACAGCCUUGUUCUACCAAUCGUGCUUUGGGGUCGCAAAGCUCCCACACACUGCAUAUCAGCCAUACUGUUAAUGGAUGAUGUUUCAAUGAUUGUCACAGGAUGUCAUGAUGGACAGAUAUCUCUCUGGGAUCUUUCAUUAAAUCUAGAAAUUAAUCCCAGAGCGCUGUUGUUUGGUCACACAGCUUCAAUUACAUGUUUGUCCAAAGCCUCCGCUUCCAGUGAAAAACAGUAUAUAGUGAGUGCAUCUGAAAACGGGGAGAUGUGUCUGUGGGAUGUGAAUGAUGGGAGAUGUAUAGAAUUUACAAAACUCGCCUGCACCCAUACUGGAAUACAGUUCUACCAGUUCACAGUUGGGACUCAGCGUGAAGGCAGGCUACUGUGUCAUGGCCAUUACCCAGAAAUUCUUGUUGUGGAUGCUACCAGUCUCGAGGUUCUUUAUUCCUUAGUGUCAAAGAUUUCUCCCGACUGGAUCAGCUCUAUGAGUAUUAUUCGAUCCCAUAGAACACAAGAGGAUACUGUCGUAGCAGUUUCAGUGACUGGUAUUCUGAAAGUGUGGAUUGUAACUUCUGAUGUUAAUCGCAUGCAGGAUACAGAACCAGUAUUUGAGGAGGAGUCUAAACCAAUUUAUUGUCAAAACUGCCAAAGCAUUUCUUUCUGUGCAUUUACCCAACAAUCACUUUUGGUAGUGUGCUCCAAAUACUGGAGGGUUUUUGAUGCUGGAGAUUAUUCCUUGUUAUGUUCAGUUCCCAGUGAAAAUGGACAAACGUGGACUGGCGGUGACUUUGUAUCAGCUGAUAAAGUGAUCAUAUGGACAGAAGAUGGACAAAGUUUUAUUUACAAACUACCAGCCAGUUGCCUACCAGCUAGUGAUACGUUUCGCAGUGAUGUGGGAAAAGCUGUUGAAAAUUUAAUUCCUCCUUUACUGUUCAGUGUAUUGGACCGAGCAGAUAAACAGCUGCUAAUCUGUCCCCCUGUUACUCGAUUCUUCUAUGGACGCAGGGAGUGUUUCCAUAAACUUCUAAUCCAGGGAGACUCUUCAGGGAGACUGUGUAUUUGGAGUGUGCCAGAUACACUUGAACUGCAAGACAACACAGAAGGACUGCAAAUGCUAACUUCAACUUCUCUGCAAGAAGCUUUUUGUAAACUUACUCCUUGUCCGGCUGGAAUUAUAGACCAAUUAAGCUUAAUACCAAACAGUAAUGAACCACUUAAAGUUACAGCCAGCGUGUAUAUCCCAGCACAUGGACGCCUGGUUUGUGGUCGUGAAGAUGGAAGCAUUGUUAUUGUGCCAGCAACUCAAACUGCAAUAGUUCAGCUUCUGCAAGGAGAGCACAUGCUCAGGAGAGGUUGGCCACCUCACAGAAAUCUCCGGGCUCAUCGGAACAAAGUUACAUGUUUACUGUAUCCUCAUCAGGUCUCAUCUCGUUAUGACCAAAGAUACUUGAUCUCAGGUGGUGUGGAUUUCUCAGUCAUUAUAUGGGACAUCUUUUCUGGAGAAAUGAAACACAUCUUCUGUGUCCAUGGUGGAGAGAUUACACAGCUUCUAGUUCCCCCAGAAAACUGUAGUGCAAGAGUCCAGCACUGCAUCUGCUCAGUAGCCAGUGACCACUCAGUAGGACUUUUGAGUUUGCGAGAGAAAAAAUGCAUUAUGCUGGCAUCUCGUCACCUUUUCCCUAUUCAAGUAAUAAAGUGGAGGCCUUCAGAUGAUUACCUGGUGGUGGGAUGUUCGGACGGAUCAGUGUACGUUUGGCAAAUGGAUACUGGUGCACUGGAUCGUUGUGUGAUGGGGAUAACGGCAGUUGAGAUCUUGAAUGCUUGUGAUGAGGCAGUUCCAGCUGCAGUAGAUUCCCUUAGCCACCCAGCUGUCAAUCUAAAACAGGCUAUGACUAGACGUAGCCUUGCUGCUCUAAAAAAUGUGGCCCAUCAGAAACUACAGACUCUUGCUACAAAUCUUCUGGCUUCUGAAGCAUCUGACAAAGGGAAUUUGCCUAAAUAUUCACACAAUUCUCUGAUGGUUCAAGCCAUAAAGACUAACCUAACAGAUCCAGAUAUACACGUGCUCUUCUUUGAUGUAGAAGCUCUGAUUAUUCAGCUAUUGACUGAAGAAGCCUCUAGGCCUAAUACUGCACUCAUUUCCCCAGAGAAUUUACAGAAAGCAUCUGGCAGUUCUGAUAAGGGGGGGUCUUUUCUGGCUGGCAAACGAGCAGCAGUGCUCUUCCAGCAAGUCAAGGAAACGAUCAAAGAGAACAUAAAAGAACAUCUUCUUGAUGAUGAUGAUGAGGAUGAAGAAUCAAUGAGACAGAGAAGGGAAGACAGUGACCCAGAAUAUCGCUCCAGCAAAUCUAAACCAUUAACCCUAUUAGAGUAUAAUCUAACCAUGGACACAGCAAAGCUCUUUAUGUCCUGUCUUCAUGCCUGGGGUUUGAAUGAAGUUCUAGAUGAUGUUUGUCUUGAUCGCCUUGGCAUGCUUAAACCGCACUGUUCUGUGUCCUUUGGUCUGCUAUCUAGAGGAGGCCACAUGUCUCUGAUGCUUCCAGGAUAUAACCAGUCCAUUGGCAAACCGUCAUACGGUAGUGUGGAAGUUGAAAGGAAAAUGUCCAUUACAGAGGGACUAGGAAGGGGGACAUAUGGAGUAUCACGUGCAGUCACUACUCAGCAUCUCCUAUCUAUUAUCUCUUUGGCGAAUACUUUGAUGAGUAUGACUAAUGCAACUUUUAUUGGAGACCAUAUGAAGAAGGGUCCAAUCAGGCCUCCUAGGCCAGGCACCCCAGAUUUGUGUAAAAUGAAGGCUCCCCCACCAGCUUCCAGUAAUGCAGCUCAAGGGCAAAUUAAACAAGUUCCUCCUGCUGUUUCUUCUAGCUCUGAAGCUGAUCGCUCUGGCUCUGACCCUGCUCCUACUUUACGUAGCUGUUUCUUAGUAAAUGAAGGAUGGAGUCAACUAGCUGCUAUGCAUUGUGUUAUGCUCCCCGACCUGUUGGGAUUGGAGAAAUUUAGACCUCCUCUUCUUGAGAUGCUAGCUCGCAGGUGGCAGGAUCGAUGCUUGGAGGUAAGGGAAGCUGCCCAGGCCUUGCUGUUAGCAGAAUUGAGAAGAAUUGAACAGGCAGGGCGGAAAGAAACAAUUGAUGCUUGGGCUCCAUAUUUACCACAAUAUAUUGACAGUAUUAUAUCACCUUUAGCGAAUGCAUUUAGCACCUUGUUCCCCCCCACCCAUACCAAUAGAACUUCUUCAUACAGCAGAUACUCCGGAGUGACAGUGGAAGCCAUUCAGACUGGUAGUGCAAGUCCAGAUUCAUCAGGGUCAGAAGCCAAAGUUCAAGAAGAAGAGCAUGAUCUUGUUGAUGAUGACAUCACAGCAGGUUGUCUGUCUGGUCUCCCACAAAUGAAAAAAAUAUCUACAUCUUAUGAAGAGAGACGGAAGCAAGCCACUGCUAUUGUCUUGCUCGGAGUGAUUGGAGCAGAAUUUGGAGCUGAAAUUGAACCUCCAAAACUGUUGACGAGGCCACGCAGUUCCAGUCAAAUUCCUGAGGGAUUUGGUUUAACUAGUGGUGGAUCAAACUAUUCCUUGGCAAGACAUACAUGUAAAGCUUUGACAUUCCUUCUGCUGCAACCACCAAGCCCCAAACUUCCUCCACACAGCACCAUCCGCAGAACUGCCAUUGAUCUGAUUGGGCGAGGUUUUACAGUAUGGGAACCUUACAUGGAUGUCUCCGCUGUAUUAAUGGGCCUUUUGGAGCUCUGUGCUGAUGCCGAGAAGCAACUUGCAAACAUCACAAUGGGGCUGCCUCUGAGUCCAGCAGCUGACUCCGCCCGCUCUGCACGACAUGCUCUCUCACUCAUUGCCACUGCCAGACCACCCGCCUUCAUAACAACUAUAGCCAAGGAGGUGCAUAGACACACUGCACUGGCAGCAAACACUCAGUCUCAACAGAAUAUUCACACCACAGCUCUUGCUCGGGCUAAAGGAGAGAUCCUAAGAGUCAUCGAAAUACUAAUAGAUAAAAUGCCCACAGAUGUUGUGGAUCUUCUUGUAGAGGUUAUGGACAUCCUCAUGUACUGCCUUGAAGGAUCCUUGGUCAAAAAAAAGGGACUUCAGGAAUGCUUUCCAGCCAUCUGCAGGUUCUACAUGGUCAGCUAUUAUGAGCGGAGUCAUAGAAUAGCAGUUGGAGCUCGCCAUGGUUCAGUGGCCCUCUACGACAUCCGGACUGGAAAAUGUCAGACUAUCCAUGGCCAUAAAGGGCCAAUAACUGCUGUGGCUUUCGCUCCUGACGGACGGUACCUUGCCACUUAUUCCAACACAGACAGUCACAUCUCCUUUUGGCAGAUGAACACCUCUCUUUUGGGAAGUAUUGGAAUGCUGAAUUCUGCACCUCAGCUCCGUUGUAUUAAAACAUACCAGGUGCCUCCUGUCCAGCCUGCCUCACCAGGUUCACACAAUGCACUCAAAUUGGCACGGCUGAUCUGGACUUCCAAUCGCAAUGUUAUUCUUAUGGCACAUGAUGGCAAAGAACAUCGAUUUAUGGUCUAGAGUCAGGCUCUCUGUUGCUAGAAAUAUAUUUUUUGUUGUAAAAUUCCCUGUAAUUCUCUCUUUCUCUGUUCUUUUGUAACACUGGAUUACCCAUACCAGUGCCUAUAUAAAUCAUCCAAUGGAACCAGCCAGACUGCAACAUUUCUGCAUGGUUCCCUAGAGCAGAACCUUGCUUCUGCCAGCUAUUGAUUCAGAGGUAUGUCCACCAGCUUAACCAAGUGUGGUUAUUCUAUCACCAUGUAGUUUUUCCUUGCGGUUGAUAGGAGGGACGAAGAUGGCUAUUGGGAAUGCUCUUGUUGCUUGGUGCAACGGAAGCUGAAAAAAAUCAACAACACUGAGGUUGCACUCCUUGACUAGAUCAGUAUUUUCAGGAAUCAUACCUCAACCUCUGAAGCUGGGCUGAAUCAAGUCACUUUUACAUUUUAAAUUGAAGUAAUGCAGAGCAGUCCUAAUUAUAGAUAUUAUUUUCCUUUUGAGGUUCUUAAAGAAGCUUACUGUUUACCAAAAAGGUUCUAUGUUUACAUGUACUUUCUUCUAGUGACGGUGGGGUGAUCAUUAGGUGAGGUUUCAUAGGGUUUAGGGAUA